AUGACAACCCGCGCUCAACCCGCAAAGCGAAAGGCUGGACCAUCAGACAACGCUGCUGCGCCAAAAAAGUUGAGGUGCUCUAUUUCCGAAAGACCAAGCCUUCAGUCGGAUACUACCACCGUCUUCGUCGGCAGACUGUCAAGGGCAUUUCCGGUCGAUAAUAAACUUCUUCGAACCAGUUGCGACUUCUUUCACGAUCAACCCCUCACGAAGAAAGGUAAACACGCCGGAUCCAAGCAAGUGAGGCUGCCAGAUAAUACCAUUCGAGCUUUCGAACUUUAUCUCGGUUGGCUUCAAACAGGCUGUUUCUACAUCGUGGCAGAAGAAGAUGCCGAUAGUCCUCUCUCUGACUACGAGCCUGUGGAUCAUUCCGACCGCGUUGGUAUCAGUCCUUCGGAGGUCGAACGUGAAAAGUGGUACGAAUGCUACCUGCUUGGCCAAAACAUCCAAGAUCACAAUUUCCAGGACGCCUGUAUCGACUUGGCUCAGGAGAAGAUUGCUUCAGGCAAUCAGGACAUGAUGAUUGCAGCGUGUCGCUUCUACAAGACAAGCCCUAUAGAUGAGGCGCACCGAAAAUUUGCCGUUACGGUCGCCGCUCAUCUCUGGAACACAGAAAGAUUCGAGCUUGUGACAAGGAUCGAUUACCCGAAAAUGUUCCUGGAGGAGCUUGUCGCAUACAUAGGACCACGGUUACGACUAGUUACUGUACCGGAAGCAUCCAAACAAACAUUCUUCAAGAACGCUGGCUGCCAGUAUCAUGCGCAUACCACCCUCAAAAAGCCCUGCUACAAGGAGACACACCCAGCCUUCAAGUGA